AUGAAGAAAUCCGAGCGACCAAAUGCAUCAAUACGCGAAGAUGGAGUAGAUUUGAUGAGUAACAUGCCGGAUCAUAUUCUUCUCUUGAUUCUUUCAGGUCUUCCAUCUACGGAAGAAGUAAUUCGAACCAGCAUUUUGUCCACAAGAUGGAGAUAUUUGUGGACUUUAGUUCCCUCUGUAGAAUUACGUUACCCAGAAUUACUAGACAAAUACUAUCCAAUGAAGAAAUUCGAAGAGUUUGUUUAUUGGAUUUUAGUAAACAGUCUAGACUCUUUGAAACAAGCCAUAAUAGUUCCUCAAGGAUUACUACCUGCACCUGAAGCUCAAUUAUCAAGCAACAGAAUAUAUCAGUUGUUUCCUGGAAUUUCUCAUGUGGAAUCUUUGCAAAUUGACCUUUACUUCUUCAAUCAGUGCAUUUAUGGUGCACAUGAUCAUUCUCUACCUAAUCUAAAGACUCUGGUGCUAAUCACAACAAUUGAUGCCUUCACCAUGGAUGACCUCAACCGAAUUCUCAACUAUUAUCCCAAGCUGGAGUCUCUCAAGUUGAUUGUUAAAAAGGAAUUUGUUGGGGUGGAAUACAAGAAGUUAGAUGAAGCUACAACAAAGAGAAUCUUGAGUCCUAAUCAUUUGAAAAUGGUGGAGUUUCUUGAAUUCAAUGGAGAAAAGCCAAAACUGGUUAUAGAGAAGCCGAAACCAUUUAUGGAUGUUCAUGGAACCCAAAAUACAUUGUUGAAAAUGAUUUUCAGUUGGGGUAACAAAGCAAACUACUCUCAUUGGAAACUAUUAAAGUAA